UUUCAAUGUUCGCCCAUCCAAAAUUCCCUCCCUUCACUCCUCACUAGUAGUACCUGGACUGUCUCCCAUUCUUUGCCAAUUCCUUUUUUGUUUUCUUGUCGCUGUCCUUACCAGCCUAGAUUCAGCGCCCAAGGACUCUUCCCUUCUUGCGCGCUGUCAUGGACGGCCCAGCCAGCCCCGUCUAAGUCAUCAUCAUCCCUGCGCAUCGAUCGCACCGCAUCGUAACUGAAUCAACCCCUCGCAGCUGCACUGCGACUCGAGUGAACAAUCUGGCCUGCGUGGCACCCCACGCCCCAAAUCCCGUCUAUGAUGCCCAUGUGCCGAUGAUGGUGACGCGCUUUCCUGACGCCUCGAUACCAUCUGACCGUUAAACAAUCUCACACACUUGCCUCCUUCUGUCCCGUCGUCACCCCGAAGCACGAGGCUUCGUGUCUGCUCCGUCAUGGCUGCCCCUUCCACCCAUUCUCCCGGGGUAUUCGCCAUCACCAAACCUCGCCUGCUCCUGGCCAUGUCCCUGGCCUUUACGUGGUGGAUAGCCUCGCUCCUGCCACACUACGAGCCCAUAAUCAAGGCCCAGCUUCACUCGCGCCUCGAGGAGGCAAGGCAGAGGAUACCCUCCAUCAAGGUCGACUGGACGCCCACCAACGACCCGCGGGCCGCCUACAACGCCUCCAAGCUGGCCCUCAUCAUCGAGCCGCGCGUCAUGCCCCACCUCGUGCCCCAGCUGCUGCACAUGAUCGCCGUCGUCCCGCCCGACUGGCGCUUCCUGUUCAUCGGCUCCGACAGGAGCGUCACCCUCCUGGGCAGGAGCACCUCGGUCAAGCACCAGCAGGUCGUCGGCAAGCUGGACCUCAUGGUGCUGCCCGAGCCCUGGGACAUCUCCUCCAAGGAGAUGGUCUUCCGCACCCUGACCGACAUGCGCUUCUACGACGAGUUCCUCCCCGGCGUCGAGUGGAUCCUGAAGUUCGAGUACGACAGCAUCCUGUGUGCCAAUUCCGAGGUCAGCCUCAACGACUGGCUCCACUGGCACUGGGCUGGUGCUCCGAGAGGCGAGACUGAUCGAUUCGCUGGUAACGGGGGCCUGUCCUUGCGUCGGGUGAGCGCUAUUCGACAGGUCCUCAGCUUCCAGGCGCGAUACAACGACACCGCUCCGGAGGAUGAGUGGUUCGGCCAGCGACUAUACAUCAUGCCCGGCCUGAAGGUCGCAUCGGGCCUUGAGGGCGCCUUGGCUGUCGAGAACGUGUACAUGGAGAAGCCGAUGGGCUUCCACGUCCAAGAGAUGGGGGACAACCUGCACCCUGACGUGUGGGAGGACCACGAGAGGAGGAAGAAGAUCCUGGAGUACUGCCCUGAGCUGCAUACCGUCCUGAAGGCAAAGUUGGACCGGGAGAGGUGCGCUGGAGACACCAAGGAUGGGGUUAUCCACCCCACGCCAGAAGAGCGGGAGGAGGAGAGGCUCAGGCAGAUGAAGGAACAGGAGGCGAGGAGGGCCCAGCAGGAAGCAGCCCUCAAGAAGCUGCAGGAGGAGCGCAAGAAGCAGGAGGCGGAGGAGGCCAAGAAGGCGAAGGAAGACGAGGAGGCCAAGAAGAAGGACGAAGAAAACAGGGAGAAGAUGGAGGCAAUGGAGGCGGAGCAGGCACGACAGAAGGACGAGGAGGCCAAGAAAGCACAUGACAUGGAGGCGGCGAAGAAGGUUCUCGACGAACAAGCAGCAAAGACCGCCGCCGGUGCCGAGACACCGCCCGGGGCGGCAAACAAAGAAGCCUCCCAACCGAGUGGAGCAGACGCAGACGCAGACGCAGACGCGGGCGACGAGGCAGACGCAGAAGACAUACUCCCAAAGCCGCCAGCGCCGGAUCCAGAAGCCCCGAAGCCAGAAGAAGAAGAAGAAGAAAAAGAAAAAGAAGGAGCAGCUGAUGCCGCCGAGAACCCCGACACGAAACCAGAAGACCCCAAGAAGCCGGCCGGCGACGCGGCGUCCGGGGCAGAAACGGCAGAUAAACCCGGCGACACACCCGACGAGGUUUCCCACCCGGUCGAGCUGUCUGACGAGGCCGAGUCACUGAAACUUUAAUGCAUAUAGAUAAUGAUCGGCGUCCUUCUUCUUCCUGGCUGGGACGGAGAGGGCGGGGGCGGUUGGGACGGGGGCGGGCACAUAAGCAGGGAUCUCAUAUUCAUGAUACCACAGGGGGAGCGUCGGCAAUGAUUUACAUAAGCAGAUAGACAAGACAGACUGACACAGUUUUUGGGUAUCUACGGGGUGCGAUGGAAGAUGGGGCCAAAAAAAGUGGCAUAAAGCUUGUUCUAUCUACAUGGUUGGCUGGGCUACAUUUACUUGUAAUGUUGCGUGUGUGCACAAGGACCCAGAUUGAGAUGGGACUCGCUUAUUCGAUCGUACUGUACUCGUGGGGAUUCCAGGGCUGCAGUAGAAUAUAAACAUACAGCAUCCAGAGCUACUCCUGACUUUUGUGCAUACCUGUCUCAUCUCAUCAUCACCUGUCCAUGACUGGCCGAGCACACAAUAGACCCAAGUCAGGCAGGCAUGCGAGAUGUAUUCUUUGCAGAAUGCUUACCCCCAAUUGAGGGCAUGAGAAGGGUAUGCAUAACAUACACAAAGCUUUUGUUUUGUACAAGGGCCUUCUGGUGUCUAGCUAUACAAUGGCCAAGAAACGAAAUGUCGCUGUUCCGAGUUUUUGUGGAAUGAGGCUGAAUCUGCUCCAUACACUGUGAAAACUUCAUCGAAGAAACCUAUCUUCUCCCAAGUAAAAGAUACGCUCCCAACCCCAAAGUAACGCCCAAGGCGAUGUGAUACGCGACCUCAGGCAGCAACCGGUUCAGCCACCAGCCCCCGCGGCUCCAGGUAGCUAGCCAGCCACGAUACCGCCCACGACGCCGGCAAGCUCGCCAAAGAGGACGCCCUUGAAGAUCGUCUCGCCGUGCUCUUCAGCCCAGUGUCCCGCGCGCUUGAGCCUGUCCUUCCACGCCGCCUUCUGUUCGGGCGCAAGAUCCUCCCAGCUUGUAGCCGCUGGCUCGCCGCUGGCGGUCGCGGCCGCCAGAGUGGUGGUCGUGAGGACCUCGACCUCCUUUCCAUCAACGUCCAGAACGACGACCUGCUGCUUCUCGCCGCCAUUAUCUGACGACUUCCCGGCCAGCAACUUGGUCAGGAAGCCGCCGUGCGGAGGCACAACUCGGGGAGGCGCCGAAUGAAUGGAUGAAGGCAGCCACUUGUGACCCCCGACUGUUGGCGGCGCGAGGCCCUUCACUUCCAGAAUGCCUUGUAGGAGGAUGGCCAACAGAAGGACGAAGCAGGUGAUUCCCGUUAGCAGGCCCCAGAUCGUGGGCCUGCGGCUUUUCAUCGCGACGACGUAGCGGGGCUGGCGCGGGGGUCCGCCACGGCGCACCGGCGCGGAGGGGUCAAUAAACUUGCGCAGCGGGAUGCUCUGGACGGCGACCGCGUUGCCGACUGACGUGGACGCCAGCUUCAAGUGCUGGGUGCGGCUCGUCCCCCUCUCUGGCGGCGCAAAGUGACUGAAGCUAAGGCCGGUAACCAUUGCCGUGUGGACAUUCCGCAAGGUCGUCAGGGGUAGCAGGUUGGCGAGCAUGUCGAUAUCCCCAAUUCUUUGGUGAUCGAGGGUGUACAAGUGGAUGCUGAGGUCUGUGCCUGUCACGGCGAGCACGAACUGCGCGUCGCCCUGCUUUGCGCCCGGAGACGUCACCGGGCUGAGGUUGGCGACCGCCAGCCCAGUCGCCUUGAGCCCUUGCCGCUUAGGCAGCUUGGCGUUGACCGAGAUGCGUGCCCGCGUGUCCUCCUUGCCGGGCUUGGGAAGGCGAAAACCGUACAGCACCACGCCGCCAGCCUUGGGCAGGUUCGCGACGCCCACGGCAAAGCCGGGCGUCAGGUAGCGCAGGCAGCGGAGGGCGGGCCGCAGGCCAGAGCUGUCGUCGUGCGGGAUAGAGUAGAUCCUUGCUGGCUCGGCGGUGACAUCGCCCGUCUUGGGCACUUUGACGGAGUAGAUGUCAUAGUCGUCGCAGUAGAGCACUUGGAACUGGUCGUCGGCGGUCUGUAUCACGUCCAUGUCUAUCGCUUCUUUUGUGAUGUCAAGGACGCCCCUGGGCUUGGGGGCGACAUUGCUGCCAGCUGCGACGUCGUAGAUGGCGAUCUGGUGAGACGAGUUCGCGAAACCUGUUGCGACGGCGCCGAGCUGCGGGGAGCCUGCGAAGGGCUGCGACAGCCUCAACAGGCGCUGGUAUGUGUCGGAAUCGGCGGUCGUGAACAGCUGCGUCCUGGAGAGCUCGGUGAUCCUAGCCCCAAGCACGGCCUUGGCCUUGGGCGGGUCGACGCUGAAGACACGGAAGUGCUCGUUCUUUCCCUUCUUCAAGUCGUCCGGGCUCGAGUUGAUGCCGGCGUAUAGCAGGGUGGACUUGCCCUUGCGCUGGCCUGCGAUGAGGUUCGCGACAUUGUCCUCGUUGCCGCUCAGCUCGACCUGCCCGGCGGGCUCGAGUUUCUCCAGGGAUGAUGUGUCCACCAGGGUGAUCUUGUUGCCAACGCCGCUUUUCGUUGCUCCUCCACCACCACCCACAAACAGACGAUUGGAGUCUUGAGGGUCGAAGUCGCAUCCGUAUAGGGGAUAACCGACGUCUAUUAUCGACUCGGGGAAAGGCGCCAUCCUGGCAACCAAUGUGUUGAUGACAGCAGUCUGUUGAAUUAAACUGUGAAAUUAUGUUGCGUCUUGUUGGAAUAUCUGUGCUCGAAUUGUUGGUAAACGAAUCGGGCAGGGGGCAGGGGGCCUGCUGUCGUCUGCGUUCGAUGCCGUAUGUUGCAGAGGUCGGAGGCGACGGAGAACUUUCGCAAUGAGAAGUGACAGUUGGGACAACCUUGGAAGUGGUCAAGGUGGGAUGAACUGCAGGCACGGGGUUUGAGUGAUGCAAUUAGGAGAGGAGGAAGGAGCGGCUAUAAAGAGAGGGCAGCAUGUUGGGAAGGGUCGAAGCCCGACGUCGUGUGUGUGCGGAAAGGACAGAUGACGAUGUGAGCCUCGGGCGAGGCUACUGCUCUCAGCUUGCUCGGGCUAGGCCAUCCUGU